ACUCAGUCGGUGCCGCGCUGCCGCCCCGGCAGGAUGGAUCUCGACGAGGUGCUGCCGGAUGUCGGCCAGUUCGGGGCGUAUCAGCAGUUGCUGCUGUGGUUCGUGCUGCUGCCGUGCGUCCUGCCUUGCGGCUUUCACGCCUACAAUCAACUGUUUAUGGCGGCCAGGCCUCAGCAUUGGUGUCGAGUCCCAGAGUUAGACCACUUGGACCCUUUCCUAGCUAGGAAUUUGAGUAUUCCGGUAGAGUGGAAAGACGGUGAACCGACUUUCAGCCACUGCACGAUGUUCGCGCGCAACUAUAGUGAACUAAGGCAGUUACCGGUCAGUCAGCACGCUCUAGCGGCGGCUAACGUCACUACUUGUAGGCACGGCUGGACCUUCGACUAUUCACAGUACGCCACUACUGUUGUCACUGAGUGGGACAUGGUGUGCCAGAAAGACUUUUACAGUACACUAGCGCUAGUUCUACUCGGAGUAGGUGGCCUUAUUGGGAACUAUAUAUUUGGAUACCUGCAGGAUAGCAUUGGUAGGAGGCCUUCAUUUUUCAUCUACUUAUUCAUAGAGUGCUUAUUCGGGAUUGCCACCGCCUUCGCGCAAGACUUUGUCACGUGGACGCUGUUCAGGGUGGGGGUGGGAUUCACAGUCCCCGCUAUCCUAGGGACACCUUACGUCUUGGCCAUAGAGCUGGUGGGACCUAAGCACCGCACGGUCUGCACAAUUCUCACCAACAUCGCUUACUCCCUCGGCCUGGUGGCUCUAGCGGCUGUCGUCUACCUCAUCAGGGACUGGAGACAGCUAGCCCUCGCCACCUCCGUGCCGUUCCUCUCAUUCUUCCUCUACUGGUGGGUCCUACCAGAGUCUCCCCGCUGGCUGCUGGCCAGAGGCAGGUUUGAAGAAGCGGAGAAAAUCCUAAAAAAGAUGGCCAGAGUGAACGGCAAAAGUUUGCCAGCCAACUACAUGGUACAGCUUAAGCGCAAAUACCAAGUAGACAGGUACAUGCAACAGAAGGAUCAGGAGAAGGACCACAUCCGAAGCUAUGGUGUAAUGGAUCUUCUCAGAACCUCAAAUCUCAGGAGGAAGACACUUAUCAUUACAUUCAUCUGGUUUACCAACACGAGCGUGUAUGUUGGCUUGAGCUACUAUGCGCCGGCCCUGGGAGGCGACGAGUUCCUCAAUUUCUUCCUGGCGGGGGCGGUCGAGUUGCCGACCUAUGUGGUGCUGUGGCCCGCCAUGGACUGUGCCGGUCGCCGGUGGACUCUCUGUGUCAGUAUGGUGAUCGGUGGGCUGGCUUGUCUAGGCACGAUAAUGGCGCAAAACAGCACAACUUGGACACUAGUCCUCUACUGUGUGGGGAAGAUGGGUAUCUCGUCCUCAUACGUGGUGUUACCUCUAAUGGCCUCAGAACUUUACCCGACUGUGGUCCGUGGUCUGGGCAUGAGCUUCAGUGGGGUCGCCGGCAUGCUCGGUCCUGUCUUCAUACCCUUAGUCAACUACAUGGGGGCUGACAUGCUGGUCCUGCCACUUCUUGUCAUGGGAGCUCUUCUGGUGACUGGAGGUCUGUUUAGUCUUCUGCUCCCGGAAACUCUCCACCAGCACCUCCCCCAGACACUCGAGGACGGUGAAGCCUUCGGCAAGGACUGGUUCAGCUGCUGCCCGACCAGUUACAGGGUCAGUGAUGUAUCGAAGAACGAGAAACUGCCGGUGCAAAUAGUUCCCGAGUCUCCCAUCAAAAGCCUGCUGACGGCCGUCACGAGAGAGACUCCUCUGUCAACUCCCGUCGUCACAGACGGCACAUCGUCCACCGACGUCACCUCAGACACUGUUCUGUCCGUCGGCAGGGAACAGACGGUCCGUGUCACAGUCGUCUGACCCCGGCUAGCCGCAACCGACCUUCUAGCCGCCCCUGACCGUCUGUGGUGGGCGAUCCUGCUGUAUAUACCUCACGGUCUCAACUAACCGCACAAUGUUUUCUACUUUAUACAGUUUUUGUCAAACAUGAACUAGAAAGACAAUUUUAAAGUUUUAUAAUUAGUGGGAUAAAAAUCGUAGUUGUUCAAUGUUCUUUCAGAGACUAUCUUUAGGGAUUAAUUUAUCUUUCGUAAGCGUACUCAGCCUGGAGACUCCCCAUUGUUAUUUCGUAAUGUAUUCAGCAUCUAAAUUUCAAAAAUGACUUUACUUUUAUCAAAUUAAAUGUUAAUUGUUGAAAUUAAUUUAAAUUAUACUGGAUUCAUCAAGUGUUUACAGUAAUACCCCGUCCACAUUGUGAAGAGAUUCUGGGGUAGUGACCAAUCAGAGCAAGGAACCGUCCACGUGGGCUGAGCGUAAUCGCAGAAUUUCCGCGCGAUGAGUUCACAACCGGUCACUCUCACCUUCACCUUAAUCCUAAAAAGGAGAGAACUCUGGCACGGUGGAUCUAUUACAAUCAGCGAUGAAACGUUUACUGACAAUAUAAAAGCUCAAAUGCCUUGACAUGGCGCUGCUCUUGACGGCGUGUGAACCGGGUAGUCACCUUGUCAUGACAGUGGUGGGCGACACUCUUAACACUAUGUUAAUUUAGUAUGGUUUAAUGAUGUAGAUGAUACGCCGUUAUUAACGCAAUUUCAGCAACAUUUGAAGUAUAAAUUUAUGUGUAUUAUUCAUUGUACUGAAAAAUCAACAAAAAGAAAAAAAACUAUUCCUACGUACUUUUAAAAAGUACAGCAUUUGUACACAAAUACGUUUUUUAUCAAAACGACUAAAACUAAAACUAUUUCUAGCUGAUAUCGUUAUCAGAAAAACAUUGGCUUCAUUAUAAACGAUACAAAUUCUUUGAUUGAAUCAUUUAGAGGUCAAAAGUAUGAGUUGUGUUUAUUCUUCCUGUUUCUGUUCCAAUAGUUGAGGUUAGAAAGUGAAAUAUAACGACAUAGUUUGUAACGAGCACAACUGUACUGUAAUAUUGUCUUGCCCAAUUGUGCCUUGGUAAUUUUUAUACAACAUACUUUUAUGUUUAUAAAAAUUAAAUACGGAAA